UUGAGAAUUUCCAAGGACGAGAAAAUGGCGAACAGCGAGCAACUGCGAGAGUGAACUCAACUGGUUGUCGUGGCAAGUGGAGUUAUUUCACGCGGAUCAUUUUGUUUUCAGGAAGAACUGAAGCGGAAUUUAAGUGAUCCUGUAACUGAAGAAAAUGUAUCGUUAUGUCAAAGUGAAUUGGAGUAACGAAAAUGCUCGCGGCCUAGAAGAAGCGUCAACGUUCGUUCGUCGAAAAUGUCAUUUACACCAAAUGGCGGACAUAUCCGUAAAAGGAAUGUAUUUACUUGAACAGUAACAGCUCGCUGGGUAUGGUUGUUUUAUUAUUAUUUUUAUGAUUUCUUUUUUAAUGGCGUGUCGUCGAAGAUAAUAGCCAGGGGCUGUUUGCUCGACGGAAUGGCUGUCCACAACCUCGUUUUUGUUGUCGACGUGGACGGCGGAGAUCAACGGUCAAACGAUCGGAUUGAGCUCAGGAAUGAUCUCUUGAAACGUGGGAUUCUGCACAUUUUGCUGCAUUUCGGCUACAAGCAUGGCUUCGACAAAGUGCGCUGGGGUUACAAAUUCUUCCAGUCCAAAACUGGCCGCGGUGGCGGCCUCAUAACGAGGGGUUCGGACUUCAAGGAGCUUCGCCACAAAACCUUCGAGGAUUUCAACUUGGAAUUCGACGCAAAGUUUGGGGGCAAAGAGAGACUUUGCGCGGCCCAGCAGUGCAGCCAGUCUGCCUCGGUGCAAAACUGCGUCAAAGAAAUCCUGCUCGACUUCCAGUGGGACCGACCGGACAUCACCUCCCCCACCAAACUGUCCCUAAGGCCCAGGAAGACCAACCAAGCUGUCAAGCCUCCAUUACCGGAGGAGGACCACCUUGUUAACCAUGGCAAAAAUAUGGUGUUUAUUGUGUCAGAAUGUCCACGCAGCUGGACGCAACUGACGGACUACCUCGGCGUGGGGAACCUCGACAUCCAUGCAGAUGUGUCCGACCACAUUCUCUCCAAAUGUAUCAAGGACAUGCUGGUGCAGAGGCAGGUUGUGCUGCACUGGGUGGACAGCACGUUUCACGUUCGUGAGGUCCGAUGUGAGGACCACCUGGGCUUUGACAGGAUUAUUCAAGUCCUGGGACAGGCGUGCGGCAAAGUGAUCCCCACGUUGGCCUUGUUGAACCGCCGCUGCGCUGAGGAAACGGACUCCGGCGUUGGGGUUGAGGGUUUCCCAUUCCGGUCCAGUCUUGAGUAUUUGCUGUCGUCCGAAAGGGAGCACCGCCUUGCUUUCCCGGUCACGGCGGGCACGCUGUGGAUGGACCAAGGUGAUCCUGCCCAGAGCUGCGCUGUGGCUUUGGAACCGGUGUCCCGCGGCCAGGGGCCUCUCGCCCAGGGUGUGGAUGUGUAUCUGAAAGGUGUGCUGCACGGUUGGGACGCCUCGUCACUGUCGCACACCUCCACCGAGUCGUGGCUGCUUCAGUGCGCCGACGCCAGCAAUCAAGCAGCGGCUUCCUUCCGACGCACCCUAAUGGAGCUGUCAACGCGUUCGCUGCGCAUGUUUGGUGAGGUCUGCCACGAUGGCCACUCGUCCUCGGCGGUCCUCUUCCCGUUGUCCAACUUUUCCGCUUUGCUAACCGUCCUCCGGCCUGCUAUCGCUCGACACCCUCAUCUUCACAACGCAGAGAUCACCUCCACGACCAGCACAGCCGAGAUGUCAGCUGACAUCCCCGAAAUAGUCAGCAGUGUGCUGGGCGUCGUCUAUGAUAUGAUGGAGCAAGAUAAUGACAGCAGUCAUGAGCCGCCAAAUGAUUCCUAUGUGGUUCCCGAGUGGGCCCAGCAGGAACUUGGUCAUUGCUCAUCGAGGGUGGGAUUGUUGGAGACUUGGUUCCCUCAUUCAGAUCACUCGGGAGUCACGUCGCAUUUAAUGGAGUCAUUGAGGUUGCUUCAUGCGGCACCUGACCAACGGGAGGAGGAGGAGAUUCUCUUGCAGACGGAGUUGAUCAGUGAGCUCGGAGAUCUGUAUCAGACAUCCAGCGGAAACGAUGACAAGAGGGGCAAGAAACGAGGCACACAGCGUACGCCGGUGAAGCAGAAGAUGAAGACCAUGAGCCGAUCGCUGCAGAUGCUGAACGUGGCGCGGCUCAACGUGAAGGCUCAGAAGUGCCAGGCUGACGCAGAGCCGGUGACGUCGGAGAGCAAAGGGGCGGGGGGCCCGGGGAAGAGGCGCUCGAACGACAACAACAAAGCCGGACCAGCUGACGUCGUCACCUUCACCAGUGAAGCUGAGCUGCUAUCUCACCUGCAGUCGAUUUACGAGAAGAGCAUCACAGACAGAAACUCGUCUCUUCUCGGUGGUUGUCAACAGCUUCUGACACUUGUGCAAAAUUUCCUCGUGGCAGAAUCUGAGCUGCAGGUCAAGACACUCAAGUUUUCCUUGCAGCACCUUCUCAAGAGCAGCAGAUCCAUCAGGCUGGCUUACGGCGCCGCUGCCGAUGUGGAGAGCAAAGUUAGAGAAUGUCAGCUCCAGGUGCUGUUCAGGUUGGAGCUCUGCAGACUUUUCUCCAGUGACGAGGUUGAUGAGCUGGAUGCUGAACAGAUGACCGAGGAGGUGGCUGAAAUGCUCAGAAUUAUAUCGCUCACAAAAGAUCCAGUGUCCCUCGCGAGGUUCCUUGACAAUGAAGUCCUACCAGUUUUCUUGUCGGGCAUCCCGAGAGUCCUCGCUGACAUUUACCACAGCCUGGGCACGCAGCUCCCCGAGGCCUUGGUGGCCGUCCUUCCCACGGACUUCUUCAGCGACGAGUCGGUCGCCAAGGACAGCGUUUCUCCUUCACUCUCCUCCCCUCGCCUCUCUGCACACGGCUCGCUUUCGAACUGCAGCGAUCGCCUGCAGGACCUCCGGAAUCGCUCUGCUGACAAGAGAAGGGGCGGGAUGCUGACUCGUCAUCGCAGUAUGACCGAAUCCUCACAGAGUCUGCGUCAGAUCGAGAUGCCUAAAAAGGCAACACGAGCUUCCAAAUCAAAAGUGUGUACAGCUCUGGAAAAAACAGUCGCUGUACCACAACCUCAGAAGCAAGAAACACGUGAAGUUAUCAAGGUGAGAAGAAACUUGUUCAACCAAGCGAUCGUGUCUCCAUCAAAGAAGGCCAAACUUCCACGGAGCCAGUCCGUGUCUGCGGUGGAAGAACUGAAACGCAAGCGAUGCCACGAGUCAGCAGAGAGGCACAGACUCAUAACAAAAAAAGUGUCUGAGACACCCCACCACAAGCAGGUGUCUAAUCGGCUCGUUUUUCGACAAAAAAUGGGAAGAAGCUCUCUCCCAAAUGAGGAAUCUAUUGUGGAAGAGUCGCCGGUAAAACCAGCAGAAGAGGUCAGAAGGAGCCCGAGGAUAAAGACAUUUGCCAGGAGGCACUCAAGCGCCUUUUAUCCAAGUUCCCAGAUGCGUUCUCGUAACCUGGAGAGGGCGCUCUCCUCCUCCCAGCUGACUCAAAGCGGAGGCAGUACCAGUGAGCUUAACAUCCAAAAAGUUCGCUCUCCGUUGAGGCUUCUUUUUGGGGCCGCCGAGUCUCCCGGUCGGCCUUCUACUUCGGCGGGCUCGACCCGGACCGUCAGGAGUCGGCUGUGGACUGACUCCAACGUCUUUGAGAGUCCGAACAAAACACCAAAAAAGAGGCCUGGAAAAUGUGAAAGAACAGUUUUUGAGAGUCCCAGAACCCCUCGAACACCAGGAACUCCCAAAACUCCAUCCGCCAGGACGCGUGGUAACCCUUCCACUCAGAAACCCACUGGAGGAUUUGGCAUGGGCCUGAGGGGCAGUCCUUUCAGAUCUCCCGUCAGAAAGACUUUUGUGGUCGAGACGCCCAAUAAGCAAAGUCCUCUGAGGAGCCCACUGAAGGGAAUUCUCAGGACUCCUGUUAAGACUUCGGAAUCUGCCUCUCCCUCCGGAUUACAUUCAACUGCCAGGACUCCCAAGAAGGUGGUCACUUGGUCUCCAUCCCCACAAAAAUGUAUCGCGUCAGACAACGCCAUCACUUGCAAGAUGUCUGAAUCGCCUCGCAUCGCAACUCGUAGUUCACCCAGAUUGUUGAAGACUCUUUACAAGUUCAGCACCCCUUCAAAAACCGAGACUUUCAAGACCCCUGAAAAGAACCGUCUCUUACCUUGUACUUUUAACUGUCAGGUAAGCCUACAGAGAAUUUCACCAACUAUAGCGAGUGUCAUUUUGACUCCGGAUAACAAUCGACUAGAUAUGGCGCCUUCACUGGUUUCACCAACGCAAGAACACAGUCCCUUACAUACAACCACCACAAGACUUCACCCAAGGUCGCCCAGCCCAGCUCACCAAAUGACUACUCAGUCUAGACGGACACCUGGUAAAAGUCCAAAGGCUCAUUCCAGUUGUAAGCAAGCAACGUCCGCUUCACUGAACCAUAUUGUUGUGUCUCCAGAAAAGUCACCGAUAAACACAAGGUCAGGUCAAUUUGCCAAAACCACUUGUAAAAUCUCAAGAUCCCAGAUGGAUCAUGGCACUGUUGGCGUAUCAAACAGAGAAUCUGCUUCGAUCCUGGAACACAACGUGCAGUCGACGGAAGAGAAAAAGGCUGAGAGUCCGCAAACAUCUCAAAGUGAGACAAAUUGUCAAUCAGAUUCUCAGCUUUUGGACUCUUCACAGCUCAACUCUGCCACGGACGACAGUAACGACAUUGUGGAGGCAUCCGUGGUGAAGACGCAGUUUAGCGGGGCCCUCAAGAUGAAUAUUAGUUUUUCCCGCAGGCCUUCAAAAUCUCGCGGGGAGUUUUUGACAGAGGCACAAGGCACACCGAGUCGCAGUUACGGCUUCCGGCAGACGCCCGACCGCCAGCAGCGCGAGGCGGCUGCACGCUUGGGCUACGCUAACCAAUUCCCGAGGUUCUCAACCCCGAGAAGCGCACCCAGGCAUCGGCAGCAGAAAAACACAGAUGGGCCCAAAGCCACUUCCUAUCAAGUCGAAAUGGAAAUGCAAACGUGUGGACUUCCCAAACUCAAAUUCAAACGCACGGACUCUAUGAACGCAAGCGAUUUCCUCACUGAGGACAGUCCUCGACUGGGAACUCGGAGCCCUUUAGUCGCUGCUAAACCUUCUCAGGUGGACAGCGCAUUGGGGUUCUUCCCUAAGAACAGAGAUCCCGGUUGCGUCUCGCCAUCGGUCUGCAUCCACGCCACCCCCGGAAAAGGCGGCGUGAUUCAGACCCAUAUCUGCCAGUCCUACACCCCGACACGCCAUCUGACUGGAACAACCUCCCCCAGGGCGAUACCGGACAUAUUCCCCCUGUCCCCUUCCCCUCAGAGUGUGGGGAAAGUGACCCCGGACAACCUGAACAGCUGGCCCCGGAGGAAGAGAGCCCACGUGGGCGCGGUCGGGGGUAAAGAUCGCCGCCGGAAGGUCGAUCCGAUGGACGAGGCGGACCUUGGAGUGAGCAGGUUGUCUGACGCCGAGGACGCCGACGAGCCAGGAAUCAAAGCCACGGGUGACGUUUUGACUUUGAAACGAGCACAGUUGCCUGGAGGAGAUGCUGCAUCUCCUCGCUCUCCUCUGGACGACUGGAUGGCGCCUGAUCCUCCACGAGAAGAAGAAGAAAUGAUGUGGGCAGCUGCAGAUGGAGACGUCCUAUCCGCGGUGACUCCUCCCGGCUCAGCGGCGAGGAAGCCGGUCACGGCCAGUGGGAUUCUGGCCCUCACUCAGUCACCGCUGCUCUUCAAGGGAAAGCCCGGUUCCACAAGUAGGAGAACGCCUCACUUUAAAGACGAAGCGGCAGCCGAGAAGAGGACGGAAACGGACGCGAACGCGUCUCCCUUCAGCGAGCCCAGACGCACGUACACCAGGAAGAGGCUGCUUCACUGACCCACGCGUCCAGACGGGGGGGGGGGGCUUAAGAAACUGCGUCCGCCUUUGUCCAUCGAUGCUUUUGAUGGCACUUGCCAACAUCAAACGUCCGUGGAUGUCCCUUCUGCUUCGUUUUUAUCCGAUCGUCAUAUUUCCUGUGUUUAUUAAUUUUUAAAAUUCAAAUCUAUUUAUGAACCUAUUGAUUUUAUUUUCAUAAGUGUCCUCACUGCAAUCUUCCACUCAAUUCAAGCUAC